UCCUCAGGGGCGGGGACUGCGUUCUGUAUCUGCCAUCCCUCUCUGCCAAUCCCUCCACUGGCCUCCAUUCAGUGUCCUCCACCCCUCUCUGCCAAUCCCUCCACUGGCCUCCACUCAGUAUCCUCCACCCCUCUCUGCCAAUCCCUUCACUGGCCUCCAUUCAGUGUCCUCCACCCCUCUCUGCCAAUCCCUCCACUGGCCUCCAUUCAGUGUCCUCCAUCCCUCUCUGCCAAUCCCUCUACUGGCCUCCACUCAGUGUCCUCCACCCCUCUCUGCCAAUCCCUCCACUGGCCUCCAUUCAGUGUCCUCCAUCCCUCUCUGCCAAUCCCUCUACUGGCCUCCACUCAGUGUCCUCCACCCCUCUCUGCCAAUCCCCUCCACUGGACU